AUGGCACUCCCAAUGAUAAUGGAAAUUGGACUCGAAAGAGGAUUCCGAAGCGCAUUAAUCGAUUUUGUCCUCAUGCAACUCCAAUUAGCUUCGGUUUUCUUCACAUUCUCUCUCGGAACAAAAACCCAUUACUACGGUCGCACUUUGCUUCACGGCGGCGCUCAAUACCGCCCCACCGGCCGUGGAUUUGUAGUUUUUCACGCUAAAUUUUCCGAGAACUAUCGGCUAUAUUCUCGUAGCCACUUUUUUCGAUGGUGGUUUAUGGUGGGGACAUGGCUUUUUGCUCCGUUUCUUUUCAAUCCUUCAGGGUUUGAGUGGCAGAAGAUUGUUGAUGAUUGGUCGGAUUGGUGUAAGUGGAUAAGUAAUCGUGGUGGAAUCGGUGUUUCCGGUGAUAAAAGUUGGGAAUCAUGGUGGGAGAAAGAGCAAGAUCAUCUUGCAUGUUCGGGGGUAAAGGGUAUUGUUAUAGAGAUUUUGUUGGCUGUUCGAUUUUUUAUUUAUCAGUUUGGACUUGUGUAUCAUCUCAACAUCACAAAGAGCAAAAGUUUUCUGGUUUAUGGAAUUUCGUGGCUUGUAAUCUUCGCAGGACUUCUCGUAAUGAAGGGAAUGGCAUACUGUAGAAAAUCUCUUAGUAAUGACUAUCAACUUGCAUUCCGAUUGAUCAAGGGAUUAAUCGCUAUAACUUUUUUUUCUAUACUAAUUACCAUAAUAGCACAACCUCAUAUGUCAAUAAAGGAUAUAAUUGUAUGCGUCCUCGCCUUAAUGCCUACGGGUUGGGGAAUGCUUCUGAUUGCACAAGCGUUAAAGCCAUUUUUGAAACAAACUGGAUUCUGGUCAUCUGUUAGAACGUUAGCACAAUAUUAUGAGAUAAUAAUGGGUUUGCUUUUAUUCACUCCAGUUGCAUUUUUGGCUUGGUUCCCAUUCGUGUCUGAAUUUCAGACACGAAUGCUGUUCAACCAAGCAUUUAGCAGAGGUUUACAAAUCUCUCGUAUUCUUGGUGGUGGCCAAAAGAAAAACAGAUCAUCUCGCAUCAAGGAGUGACUUUUUGUCCUUUAGCAUACCUAUUUUCCAUUCGUAUGUAUAUAUGUAUAAAUUUAUGUAUGUAUGUAUGUUAUCACAAGCUUGGGAUCAACAUACAUCUAUAUAAACUAGUAAUGUGAAUUGAUUAUUAGUGUUGAAGAUGUAUCACCAUUUGGUAGUAAGAUGUAUAGUUUUAUUUACUUUUUCUAGGUGUGUUUUGUGAUCAUUGACUACUAUUUAUUCAUAUUAAGGGUAGUGGAAGUCAUUUUGCAUCAUAUGUUUAAAUGUUUUUAAAAGUUGGUCCAAAAAGCUCAAGCAAAUUCUUUGGGUUGCAUUUAGGACAUUGGUCAAAG